UUUGUUAAGUAGUUCUAAGGUUUUUAGGACGAAUAUCCGUGGUUGAAUCCUGCUCAGGAGCCAGGAAGAAGCUUUUGCUAAUUUGGCAUGAGUUUCCGUCGUGACUGAAUGAGUAGCGAUUACUACUAGCGAUGCUAUCUCAGUAGGGAUAAGGAAGCAAGUCUACGCAACUUGGAGUCUCAAACUCAUCUUUUGACUGGAUUUUCUACAGCAGUGUCAGCUGGCAACAUGAGUGGCAAACCAGUUGCUGCUGGACAGAUCAUAGCGUUCAGCGAAGUUUGGGUUUGGUCGUUUGAGUGGCACCAACACCAGACACGUUGCGCUUUUUGUUUUCGGAACUCUACAAGUCUGCGAUCGUGUCAAGGAUGCCAGUUGUAUCGAUACUGCAACGCAGAAUGUCAGCGCGCCGACUGGAAAAAGGAGCACAAAUGCGAAUGCGAUCUUCUGAAGCGUGUCCGAGACUACAGACAAGAAACCGAAAUUCACCCUGAGGUCCAUCGUAUGGCGAGGAUGAUGCGGCUUGCCAGCGGUAUACAGGGCGACACUUCGCAAACAUUUGCCACGAGUUCCAUCAUUCUGCUCAAAAUCCUGAACAGAAUGCAUAUUAAUAGGAAGGAGACUAUCUCCGGUCGUGACAAAAAAUUGUUAACCGGGGAAAUUCUUGAAAUGUUCCCUAAAGCUAGCACAGUUGUGGCAGCACGGAAACUGGAUUUUGCUCGAGAAAAAAUGUUCCAGGGUUUAUUGAAAGCAGCACUUCCGGAUUUGAUGGAAUUUCUAGCGGGUGAACCGGUUCGGCCGGAAUUUUUUCUUGCCGAAACUCUCACAACAAUUGCGCUGCAUCAGCAUGCUAUGACUGAUUAUCUCGGAGGUCGUCCUGUCUUCUUCGGAAUGGGUCUCUAUCCCCGUUUCCCCAAUGGGCUUUUACGGGAAGCGUGCUCCGAUCAAAAUGCCGUAAAGCUGUGCCGUGGACGGACCCUCUUGCUGUACGCUUCGGACGACAUUCCCAGUUACACUGGACUUCACGAUGUGCUGUUGCGUGAUUUGAGGGAGUUUCCCUUCAGAUGGCCGGUAAAACAGCGGCGCGCUAUGUACGCAGACAAGUUUGACGGCGAGGAGUGCACUUGUCGAAAAUGUACCAAGGAAUACGAAGCGACUAUAAAUCCGUUGAAGUGUGCCACGAAAGGAUGCCGAGAACGUAUUCCAAGUAAUGAUCGCGCCCUAGAGCCCUGUGCACAGUGUGGUGCAAUCAACGAAGCUAAUCUCCGUAAGCUGCAGACGUUUCUGAAUAAGCACGAGGAGGAGUUUGCCGAAUACUGUGCCAUGUGGCAGAAGAAUGACUGUGAAGCUAUCAUGCCAAAGAAAUUCCUCUUAUGGAAGGAGCUGGAAAAGGCUGAUAUUCUGCAGCCGGAAGCGCAUCUUCGCUUUGUCCUUGGCUGGGAUGUGGCUCGAGGUUGCGACGAAACUGGACGACAUCAGGAAGCGUGGGAAUUAUUUCGUCCCAUGAUUACAUGUUUGCGGGAUAUUGCUCCCAGAUACAAUAUUUAUCGGGCCCAGUUUCUCCGCGAAGCGUCUACGUGUGUCUUAAACUGGGGAAUGAAAUUUGUGGCAAUGAGUAAAGCCCAGAAGACUCGUCUGGUGCCGCUGCUUUCGGAUGCGUUACCGUUGGCAAUUGACUGCAUGAAAGAGACGCUGGAUACCUAUUUGACAUUGUGCGGGGAGUGUGUAAUCUCUGUGGAUAUUGAAGGAGCAUUGAUGAUGGAAGAGAUGUUUUUGGCACAAGUUUUAGAAUUUUUUAAAGGGUGAAUUGGACAAAGUCAGUGGCAGAGUCGUGUAAUCGAAAAUAGGCGUAAUCUUUGCGUGCCCAACUGACUUAGAACAUUUUUUUAUGGAGAAGUGUUGCGAUUUUCAGUUUUACUUUUUUAACUCACUUGUCAGGUCAUGUUGACCAAAUGUGGCAGUGCAUGAUUUUACUGCUCACUGUCAGUUUUAUUAUUGUCUGAGAAUUGUGAUUAUAAAUUUGCA